CUUUACCCUGUUGUUCUCCUACACAGGGAAACGACUGGUUAAGUUUACAAUAGCAUCCAAGUUAUAAGAAAUGUUGAGGCGUUCGUGCGCCAACAUCAUUGAACGAGCGUCAAGAGGCAGGAACAUCCCAAAUGCACUCCAGUGUCUCUCCCACGCAAUCUUCCCCAAGCAGGCAUACCAGCAUCAUCAACCUUCUUCCUGCUGGGAUCUGUUGUCCAGAAGAUACGAGCACAAGUUGAGCAAAGGUCUCAUGUUGGCAACUCAAAGUGGACGUCAGCUGUCAACACAUCAGGAUUUUGACUUUCAGCUCAGCCAAGCAAAGAUCGACAGCAUUCUACGGGCAAAUGAGCAAAGUGUGAGCGUGCCAGAGUUUGAUGUACGAGGCCUCCGUCAAGUGCGAAAGUUUGAGAGCAACUCCUUAGCCGCCAACACGCCCAAUGAAGACCGCCGCAGCUCAGCCACCUGUUUGCAGGCAAAGGGCACACUGUUUGGCAUCUUCGAUGGCCAUGGCGGUUGGGCAUGCGCGCAAGCAGUCAGCGAACGCCUGCUGUACUACAUCACUGUCGCCAUGAUGCCCAAACGCAGCCUGGAGGAACUGGAGACAUGCAUGGAGCACGGCAGGCCAGUCCCGCCCGUCCUGCAGUGGUAUAAGCACCACACCGACUUUAAUUACCGCGACUCUGCUUCACUCUACGUCCGCCACCUUCGAGUCUUCUGGCAGGAGCUUUUGGACAGUCACGAACAUGGCGAAGGCAUGUGCCCUUCGGAUGCCAUGCAUUACGCUUUCAAGCGUUUGGAUGCCGACAUCUCCUUAGAGGCUCAAGUUCCUCUGUCCAGUGACUUGAUGAAAAGCACAGCCAUUCAGGUUGCCUUUGCUGGGUCAACAGCCUGUGUGGCUCACGUUGGCCAGGAGGGGAUCCACGUGGCGAACGCCGGUGACUGCAGGGCGGUAUUAGGCGCUCUGGAGGCCGACGGCACAUGGAGCGCUGUGCCCCUCUCUCAGGACCAUAAGUGCCAGAACCAGGCUGAGCUAGAGCGCAUCAGGGCCCAGCACCCGCCCUCAGAAAGGCAGACUGUGGUCACGGAUGACAGACUUUUAGGGGUUUUGAUGCCUUCACGAGCAUUUGGUGACAUGAGGUUCAAGUGGAGCCUCGAGUUGCAGCGAAGCAUCCUCGCUAGCCUAGAGUCCGACGUGGACCCUGACUCGCUCAGCCUGUACCACUACACCUUACCCAACUACCUGUCGCCACCCUACCUGGAUGCGGCUCCAGAGGUGAUAUACCACAAAGUGAGGCCGCAGGACCGCUUCCUGAUCCUGGGCACCGAUGGCCUGUGGGAUGAGCUGAGUAGUCAAGAGGCGGUGCGGCUGGUCGGCGAGCAUCUGAGCGGUGUUCACAUUCAGGGUCCGGUCUCUCAGUCGGAGCGUCAGCUGAGGCUGGGCCAGCUGCACCAGCUUCUGCUCAAGCGUCAGGCCCGCCUCUUGCCCGCCUCGGACACCAACGCCGCCACGCACCUCAUCCGGCACGCCCUGGGUACCGGUGAGUAUGGCGAACUGUGCCAAGAAAGGCUGGCGUCUAUGCUGGCCCUACCACAGGACCUGGCACGCAUGUACCGCGACGACAUCACGGCCAUCGUGGUUUAUCUGAACCCACAAACGAUUGACUGACCGAGUGGCUUUACGUUUUCAUCAUAGAAAAAUCCUCUGAUUUGUUCCAUGAAGUAGUAUUAUUUUAUUUUCAACAGUAUAUUCGCUAUGAUUUAUUUUUUCCAAUCAGAUUUCAACCUCCGGUUCAUGACAGAAUUGGCAGACAGUUUUGGCAACAUAAAAAAGUACAAAUUCAAAACCAAUUAAUUUUUUAAAAUGUCAAACACACUUAUGAACAGUGCAUAUUUUAUCAGAUGUAAUUUGUCAUACAAAUUUGUUUUCAAAGUUUGCCGAAGCCCUAUUUCAGAUACUCAAGCACCCGAAACACAAUUAAAAAAAACGAGCAAAACUUGUUACAGCCAGGUUCAAUGUUUUUUUUUUGUUGUUUUGUUUUUUGGUCAUGUGAUCAGGUUGUAUUGUUUUUGUAUUGGUUGAUAGUUUCUCGAAACGUUCUACUCUAUAACUGUGACGUAAUAUUGACGGUUUUAAGAGAUUGUUUAGGUAGGGUAAGACCCCGCUGAAGGCCCUGGAACCAAAUGCACAACACAGCACUGUUAUUGAUACUUUACAGGCUUUUGUUUGUAAAUUUGCACAGCCCUGUUUCAGAUUGUAUCGCAUCAGGUCAAACACAGAUCAUGUGAAGAAAUGGUUCAGAAACGCACAUGAUGAUGUCAAUUUGGGCAUUUUUACCUGUAGUAUGAGACAUGUUGAGAAUUUGUUAGUUCAGAUUGUCAUUGUCUGUUUUUUUUUUCUCAGGUGUCAAACUAGUUUUCAACGCAUGCCAAAUUGUAGUUAUGGUUGCUCUUGGUGGCCGAGUUCUAAUGUUGAGAUCGCAUAAAUGUAUUUUGGUUUGGGCUGGAAAUGGUAGGCCAGGAACCUUUGUUGUGUGCUCAUGGUUUAUUUCACACCAUUGAGUGUAGUUAGGGAACAAACUUCUGUGUUUUUUCUGUAAACCGGGACAGAUUUAAUGCCAUUUGAAAUGAAAAGUCAACAGCGUCAAUCAUUUUCUCAGGAAAGUGCAACAAUAGCUGUUUGAAAAGGGUUAAGUAUUAUGGUUUGAAAUAUUUUAAUAAUGACAUUUGCUAUUGCUUUUUCUCCAUUUGAAGAAGCGGCUGUAGCUGGAAUUUGUGUUUGUACAGUGUAUGUCAUUUGGCUAGCCAUGAUGUCUGGUAGCCAGAAGCAGGAGAGGAUGCAGCUGGUUGAACAGUUGUUUGUUUUCAGAUUAGGCAUCUGGCAGUUAAACUUUCUGUCCCUUACGUAAUAUUAUCAUCUGUGAGGAAAUACUGACCAUGGCUACAUUGUAUUACAUGAUUGCUCAUGUAUUUUAUUUUGAACAUUUUAAAAAAAUAUAUUACUACUUUUGAACAUGAGUCUAGCAAAAACUGGCAAUCUUGCUCUGUGGACAAGCCAUGUGUUACACUGUCAAAUGUAAAUGUACUUUCCUGUAUGAUUUGACUUUAAACUAAAUGAAGGGAAAAAUAAAAGACGUGUAUCAUA